UUAGACAGACCCACUUGACGCCAGAUGGACAUGGGCUAGUCUUUUAUUUCUUUUGAGAGCUUUCGAGAGCAGAAAAUACAAGUGAGAAGUAGUUCACCAACUUAAACCACCCUCUUUUUCCCUCUUCCUCUGUCUCUCUCUCUCUCUCUGCUCCCUCUCUGUUUCAACAAUGGCAGCCAGCUCGAAUUCCCUCUCCUCUCUCACCCCUGCUCGGUCUCUGGACCGACCCAGAAAGCUUUUUGAUUCUCCAAUGUCUCUUUCUCUCCAAAGAUCUUCUUCUUUCCCUCUUAAAUCCAGCCGCCAACCUAAUCUCGUAGCACUCUGUUGUCUGAAUGGAUCAAAAGACGCCGGCAAAGACAUACCCAUCGAAAAGAAGUACCCAGCAUUUCCUACGGUUAUGGAUAUUAAUCAGAUACGAGAAAUCUUGCCUCACCGGUUUCCAUUCCUUUUAGUAGAUAGAGUGAUUGAAUAUAAUCCAGGGGUUUCAGCUGUUGCUAUAAAGAAUGUGACUAUAAAUGAUAACUUCUUUCCAGGCCACUUCCCCGAGAGGCCUAUUAUGCCUGGUGUUCUUAUGGUCGAGGCAAUGGCUCAGGUUGGAGGCUUGGUUAUGCUGCAACCUGAAGUUGGAGGUUCUCGUGAAAACUUCUUCUUCGCAGGAAUUGACAAAGUGAGGUUUCGAAAGCCUGUGAUUGCAGGAGACACUUUAGUUAUGAGAAUGACACUUGUCAAGUUACAAAAGCGGUUUGGAGUAGCAAAGAUGGAAGGAAAAGCAUACGUUGGAGGUGAGGUGGUAUGUGAAGGUGAGUUCUUGAUGGCUACUGGGAGUGAAUGAUACCCUCGAUGUGUUUUCUAUAGAAGUUUGCUUCCUUUUUCUUUGCUUAUCUUAUCAUAUUUUCAGGAAGUUUUUGUUAUUUGUCGAUGAGUUAUGCAAUUGAACUCUAAUUUAAAUACACCAAUGUUGAAAAAUAGGGAGGGAGUAAUGAAAAUCCGUAAAAGAAAUAUUUGGUAUA